AUGGACUUUGAAGACUUUAUUGACAGGAUUUUCAAUGCAAUUACUUAUUUAAAAUUUUGGAAAAAAAAUUUCUCAUCUCUUAACAAAGAUAUAGUAAACACUGCUCUGAAUAUAACAUUGUUAACUUUAGCCGUGCUGAUCUGUGCUUCGGAAGCAAUUGGAAUCAUAGGCACUAACAACCUUACGAGUUUUGGAGUUUGUACGUGCCAAUUUUUGUACCACUUUUCUGGAUUGUGCAAGUGGGUAAUUAUGAUUUUGAAAUUAGAUGAUGUUAAAAAUAUUCUCAUAAGAAUCAAACGCUGUCAUGAAAUCUGCCUAAGUUACAUUGAAACUCAAAAAGAAUUUUUUGAGUACAACCAGAAAAUUCAAAAGCUUCAAAGCAACGUGAUAAUGUUUGCCAAACUUUGGUUUCUUCUUUGUAUCUGUGGAACAUUUGAGUGGUGUUUGAAUCCUCUUAUUUAUGACUGUUACAACAUUUAUAUUUUAAAAAUUCCAACUACCAAUUACACACGAAGCUUGCCUUAUGAAGCAUUUUUUCCGUGGAAGAUUGACACCAAUAAGAAAUAUAUUAUGACAUUUGCAUUUCAGCUUAUAAGCGCAAUUGCCACGUCUGCUGGAAUGGUCAUUAGCGAUGCCUUGAAUGUUAUUUUUUUAGCUAACAUAUCGUUCAAUCUUGAAUUUUUGAACAUUACUUUAGUUAAAGAAAAUAAAAAUUUUGCUAUUUUGAGAUUUUCCGAUAGUGAUAUGGCAAUAAAAAAAUUUAAAAGUAAAUUACGGACUUGUUUAAUUCACCACCGAGAAAUUUUAGAGUAUGUUUUUUUAUUUUUUCAAAUUAAAAUAGUAAUUUAUGUCAUAUGGCCGCAAAGUCGCGAUUUUCUGACAACGACGAUGUUACGAUAUGAGCUUAAGGUUCGUGGCGGGAAUCCAACUAUAGAAUGUGUUGUGCAAUUAAUAAGUAUAGUAGAAUUCUGGUUUGCAGUCACCGUGGACUUAUUUUUGUUUUCAUUUCUCGCCACAAGAAUCGAAGAACGGGUGAAUGGACUGACAACUGCAGAUGCGAUUUAUGCGUGCAAUUGGGAGCAAUCGAUGAUCAACUACGAUGGCGACUUCACUGGGGAUCAUCGUCAAACGAUCCUCGAUAUUAAUCAAAUGAUCAGCUUCAGCUUGAUGCGGGCUCAAAAACCAAUUACUUUUCAGGGAGGACUUUUUUAUGUUCUUUCUCUAGAAACAUUCAAAGCUCUUACGGGAUUUUCGUUGUCAAACGCUGUAGUGCUUCGACAACUUUCU